AUGGUCGAAUCUUCAGCAAAGGUCGCAGAAAGCGACUCUAAAUCGACGGCCAAGAUGGAGGAAGGCGAUGCCGAGCCCUCGGCCACCACAACAAUCAUCACGGAGGGCAUGGCGAAAGUGAGCUUCACCGGCCCCACAUUCUACAACCCAGUCCAGGAGUUUAAUCGCGAUUUGACGGUGUCGGUUUUGCGCGAAUUCGUCCGCACUCGUCACGAAUAUCGGGCCCAACAGCAACAACAGCCCGCCGACCCCGCCGAGCCGGCCAAAAAGAAGAAGAAGCUCGCCAUUGAGAACGAGGACGGCUCGAUCCGAAUCCUCGACGCGCUGUCGGCCAGCGGGCUUCGCGCGCUGCGCUUUUCGCAAGAAGUCCCCGACGUUGCGUUUGUGCUGGCCAACGAUUUUUCGGAAAACGCCGUCGAGACCAUCAAGCAAAACGUGAAGCUGAACAACGUGGAAGACAAAGUGGAAGCGCAUUUCGGGGAUGCAAUUAUGACAAUGAUGGAUCAUCGCGGAAUCGACAAACGUUUCCAUUGCGUCGAUUUGGACCCCUACGGGUCUGCCAGUCCAUUUUUGGACUCGGCCGUGCAAUGUGUCGCUGAUCGGGGUCUUUUGAUGGUGACUUGCACGGAUAUGGCGGUGCUAUGCGGGAAUACCCCCGAAUCGUGCUACAACAAAUAUGGCGCAAUCCCCAUUCGCAUCAAUGCUUGCCACGAAUUGGCCCUCCGCAUGCUCCUCCGGACGAUCGACAACGCGGCCAACCGCUACACGCGCUACAUCGAGCCGAUUCUCGCGAUUUCCGUCGAUUUCUACGUGCGUGUUUUUGUGCGAAUGCACACCGGCGCCGCCAAGGCCAAGGAAUCCGCGCUAAAAGUCGGCCGCGUGUUGAGCUGUUCGGGUUGCGGCAGCUACGAGACGAUACCCAUCAUACGGAAGGUCGUCGAGGGAAAGGGUGUACGGUAUAUGCCCGCCCUUGCAAACAGUCAAUUGCUGGACGCCGAGCAGAAAUGCGUACACUGUGGCCACUCUGUGCACGAAGGAGGGCCAAUCUACACGGCACCCAUUCACAAUGAGGAAUUUGUGCGCGGCAUUCUUCACAGGCUAAAAUCGACGCCGGAAGAGGAGCGUCUCGGAACACACGGACGAUUGUUGGGAAUGUUGACCGUCGUCUCGGAGGAAUUGCACGACGUUCCCCUCUACUAUGCCCAUGAUCAGCUGGCCUGUGUUGUCAAGGCUGUCACCCCAAAGUUGAUCGAUAUGCGAUCGGCGCUUUUGAAUGCCGGCUAUCGGGUAUCCGGUUCGCAUUGUAAUGCGCGGGCUGUAAAGACGGAUGCCCCACCAAGCUUCAUCUGGGAUAUCUGCCGCUUUGUGGCGGAGAAAUCGAAGGUAAACGUUGAGAAAUUCAAGGACGAACAACCGGGCAAGGCCAUUCUUUCUAAGGCAUCCACGGCGCCGGUCAAUUUCACGCUGCACCCGAAAGCCGAAUCGCAAGCCCGCUCGGAACAAUUGGUUCGAUUCCAAGACAACAAGGGCAAGAAUUGGGGCCCGAGGGCAAAGGCAAAAGGAUCCGUCAGUUCUGUCAAGGCCGGAUUUCAGAUCGACACCUCAGCCGGGCAACAAAUCACCGACAAU